AUGGCUAACCAGUUGCCCUCCGGGAGCGCUGCAGGAACUCAAACACAAUCUCUACCACCACCAGCUUUGCCACAGCUGGUCGCCGAACAGCAUGUUCCCAUCGCUGCCUCCGACAAAGACACCAAGCGUCUCAUCGUCGUCUUGUCCAACGCGAGUCUCGAGACGUACAAGGCAGCGCACGGUCGUGGCGGCGUGAAAGACGACAAGUACUCCUUGCUCAACAGCGACGAGCACAUCGGCAUAAUGCGCAAGAUGAACCGCGACAUCAGCGACGCUCGUCCUGAUAUCACCCACCAGUGCCUCCUCACCCUGCUCGACUCACCAGUCAACAAAGCCGGCAAACUCCAAAUCUACAUCCACACCGCCAAGGGUGUCCUCAUCGAAGUCUCCCCGACCGUGCGCAUUCCGCGUACUUUCAAGCGCUUCGCCGGAUUGAUGGUCCAACUUCUCCACAAGCUCUCCAUCCGAUCUACCACGUCGCAGGAGAAGCUCCUCAAAGUCAUUAAGAAUCCCAUCACGGACCACCUGCCGCCGAACUGCCGAAAAGUUACUCUCUCUUUCGACGCUCCGGUGGUGCGUGUGCGUGACUACAUCCAGGACCUGGGCUCGAAGGAGAGCAUUUGCAUCUUCAUCGGUGCCAUGGCCAAGGGAAACGAUACGUUCGCCGAUCAGUACAAGGACGAUGCGAUCAGUAUCAGCAACUACUCUCUCAGUGCCAGUGUCGCUUGCAGCAAGUUCUGCCACGCUGCUGAGGAUGUGUGGGAUAUCAUCUAG